GUAGGCGGCGCUACGUCAUCAAAAAGGACGCUGCGCCGCGGCUCCGCGAGACACGAGAGACAUAAACAGAAACGGAAACGCGGGAAAAUAAAAGCCGGCGCGCGGGCGUAUUUGAGACUGAACGGGUCGGAACCGGCGGAUCGGAACCGGCGGCUGUGCGGGUCCCGGCGGAUUUCGGAGCUCAGAAACCCCGCUGAGUGAUCGCGGACGGAGUGAUUCCUGUGGAGAGUCAUGAUCCAGCGGUCGGCCAAUGGCUACGCUCAGCUGACCUUGACCUUCGCCCUUACGCUGACGCUGGGCCUGCUGCAGUGGCCUUUGGGAGAGGUCAGAGGUCAAGGCGAGCUCUCUCCUGCCGUGGUCCUACAGCAGCUGCUGAGUCGCUAUGGCGACAAUGGCACCAUCUCAGUGCCGCAGCUGCGGAUGCUCCUCACUCGCCUCAACACCCAGCAGAACGAGGAAAACGACACAGAGACGCCGGCUCUGCCCACCAGGACCAACACCUCCACGUGUCUGGCUGCAGGAACUCUGGCUGUUCAUGGUCUGAGUGAACAGUCCCAUCUGGACGGACCAGGUCUGCGCGAGUUCUGCCCCACCAUGCUGCAGCAGCUGGAUGCUCGAGCCUGCCGGGCCCAGCAGAGCCAGGAACCGGAACCCAGCCCCCGACCCACCGAUGCCGAGGUGUGGGGGUUCGGUUUCCUGUGCGUAACGGUCAUCUCGCUGUGCUCUCUGGUGGGCGCCAGCGUGGUGCCCUUCAUGAGGAAAACCUUUUACAAGCGGCUGCUGCUCUACUUCAUAGCUCUGGCCAUCGGCACGCUCUAUUCCAACGCCCUCUUUCAGCUCAUCCCCGAGGCCUUUGGGUUUGACCCUUUGGAGGCGUACUACGUGUCCAAGUCUGCGGUGGUGUUUGGAGGGUUCUAUCUGUUCUUCUUCACCGAAAAAGUCCUCAAGAUGAUCCUGAAGCCCAAGGAGAAGGGAGGUCAUGGUCACAGUCAUUUCCCUGUAGAUCGCCAUGGUAAUGGUGAUGUGGAGGAUGGAGUGAUGGAGAAGCUGCAGAACGGAGAGGUGGGAGGAGGAGUGUCUCUGCCGCGAGUGGAUGGAGAGAUCAGGGGCGAUGCAGAGGAGGACCGAAUGCUGAGCACCACGCAAGCGGUGCAGGACUCUCAGGGUGGAGGGGGUGGUGGGGGGAGUACAGGUGGGUGUUACUGGCUGAAGGGUCAAGCAUACUCUGAUAUCGGCACUCUGGCGUGGAUGAUCACUCUGAGUGAUGGACUCCACAACUUCAUCGACGGUCUGGCCAUCGGAGCGUCCUUCACCGCCUCUGUCUUCCAGGGCAUCAGCACCUCAGUGGCCAUCCUGUGUGAGGAGUUCCCUCACGAGCUGGGUGACUUUGUGAUCCUGCUGAAUGCCGGGAUGAGUAUCCAGCAGGCUCUUUUCUUUAACUUCCUGUCGGCCUGCUGCUGUUAUCUGGGAAUGGCCUUUGGAAUUCUGGCUGGAAAUCAGUUCUCUCCAAACUGGAUCUUCGCUCUGGCGGGGGGGAUGUUUCUCUACAUCGCGCUGGCAGAUAUGUUCCCGGAGAUGAAUGAGGUGAGCCGAGAAGAGGAGGAGGCCGGAGGGAGCGGCUCCCUUCUGACCUUCGCCAUCCAGAACGCUGGCCUGCUGACCGGAUUCAGCAUCAUGCUCCUCCUGACCAUCUACUCGGGACAGAUCCAGCUCGGAUAGCAGUGGACCGGGACUGACCCCACAUCCCGCCGGACUGAACUUGACCUUUUAACCCCUCGUCUUCAGGGGUGAGCCCAAAGAAGCGUGAGAGAUGGACUCAGACGUGAGCCAGUUUUUGCCUAAGUGAGAGCCCUGGACCAGCUGGACUAGGUCUGGACCCAAACACCAGAAUCUAAGACCUUUUAAAACCAGUCCAGGCGUAGUGCGUUAACUCGGACCUGCAGACGAGUCCGACUGAGCCGGUCGAGACGCGACUGAGUCAAACUGACCUAAAUAUGCAUAUUAAUAUGCACUUUUCCUUGAGUUCCCUCGUUUUCACCAUUUCUCGUUCCAUUUCUACGUCUUCCUUUCUUUUCCGCCCUCUUCAUUUCCUGCGGAGGCCUUGUCUGUUUAAAGCGUGUGUUUAUACUCGUAAACUCUGCUGCUUCCUGUUACGCCAGACGCUUAACCCAGUCUCGUUGGUACUGCGCUGGUUUUCAGCUUCAUCUCCAUCUGCUGCGUCUGUGGAGCGCAGUCGAUCACCUCGCACAGCCCUUCUGAACCCUGAACUUAGAAAAGAGCAGAAAACCUCUUCAGACUCACUUAGAAUAGACGUCAGUGGGAGGCGCAGAACUUGGCUGAUAAACUCUUUAUUAUAAAGUUUUAUCCCACUUUCUAACACCAGAGCAACACGGUGUAAAGGAAGUAGUUCAGGUUAAUUCACUUUCCCUACAGCCGUUUUUACACGGACACUAGUUGCAUGUCGUACGUUGCCUGCAAUAUAAUUUCCAUGCAACUUGGCAGUUAAAUGACGCAGUUAAAAGCCAGUUGCAGCACAUUUGAGUUACUCAAAUGUUUUAAUACAGCCCAUCGUUCAUGUGACCGUCAUCCACGAUGAUAUUUAAAUAUCUGUACCAGGUUUAUUGUCCUUGUACAGUUUUUCGAGCUGCUGUUCUCAUCGUUCGCUUUUCUGUCAUCGUGAUAGUUUCCAUGGUUCGGAGCUUUAAUGAAUCUGAGCUGUGUGUAAAAUUUGGCGUGAGCUGCUUAACGCUUUACAGAAACGUUAGUUUAGAGAAAUUCGGUUUGUUUUUGCGCCUCAGAAAAGCGACAGAUUUAAAGUCAGAACGACCUCCUUUAAUGUCCGUCCUCUGGUUAACUUUGGCUGCGUUCACACAGCGAGUAAAAGCGGCCCAGAUCCGAUCUUUUUCCUCAUAUGUGACUCAGACGUGUGUCAGUGUGAACAGAUAAACACACUGAAUCUGACUUUUCAAAUCCGAUUUCAGACGCUUUCAUAUGUGGUACUGAAAUCCGAUCCGUAUCCGAUCUGCAGGAACGCGAGUCCAUCUGAACAGCCGGAUCGGAAUUCAUGCAAUUUUUCACGUCAGCCCAACUCAACAUUAGUCAUCAUGUCGCGCUGCUGAAGCUCAUAAACAUCUGGGCUGAUGUUUCUGUACCAACAAAAAAUUAGAAUAGGUUCUGAACGAAGUGGCCGAGCGGCCGGAGGAGCCGGAGGCUGCAGCGUUUACAGAAUCUGGGAACACGAACUAAAGAAGUGGCCGUGACCGAAAUCCUGCACCGUUUUCACGGCGAACUCAAACUCACUGUGGGUGCUGAGUCCAGCUGUCAAACACUGGAACUUCAUAAUCGCUCCUGUGACGCUGGCGAAGACCAAACCGAAGCUCCGGGAGCGUCAGGCGUUCUCAUGACCGUUUACCUCCGGACGAGCCUCGUGACGCUCCGGUGUUCCGCGCAUGCGGUUUAGGAGCUGAUCUGUUCAGACUGACGUCGCAUACAGAUCACGCUUAAAAGAUGAUCUGAACAGCCAAACAAACAAAUCAGAUUCAGGACACUUUCACCUGCUGUGUGAACGCGGCUUUUCACAUCUAUUGAUCCGGUGAAAGAAAACGGAGGUCGUCUGAUUCAAGAGUUUCAAACAAGGUGCAGGACAGUUUUGCAUCCGGGGCGUCCAAACUUUUCUCGGAGAGCAGAAUCACAGCAUGUCAGAAGACCAGAGGGAUGAAAUCAUUUUCAGAAAUGAUUGUAAAUAUUUACAGAGACGUGAUCAGAGCUUCUGGUUUCCUAUCACUGAGUAAAAGACGCAGGAUGUGACUUUAUUGCUGCUCAGAGCAGUUUGAAUCCGUAAGCUUAUAACAAAUAAUUAAACUGUCAGAUUAGCAGUAAAGCACGGCGUAUUCCUCAUUCCUUAUUUACUUGUUCAAAAAUAGAAUUAGGGAGACAAACUAAACAAAUAUCUAUAAAUGAAACACAUGGUUCUUUAAUCAGCCACGAUUGUUCCUCCGUAAAGGGUUGAUGUGUCCGGCUGUGAUAAGCGGUCAUUGCUGUGAGACUCUGGUGCUGAUUUUACUGUGAUCUUCGUUCCGUUUCAUGUCUGAUUAAAUUGAAACAUCAGGCUCGUUUUCUGCGUCUCUCGAUGAAAAACUCGAUUUCCCUCUAAAUCUGCGGCUCUCGGUGUCGGUCUGAGCUUCACGGCUCGGUCUGGACUCAGUGUGUUUUUUCAGUUAAGUCAUGAUCUCAGGAUAACAAUCCAGAGAAUUGUGGCCUCUUCAUGGCCUCCCUGGAAGUCCGUAUCCCAGGACGUGACGUGGCUCUGCUUUCUCUCUUCUACGUUUAUCACACAUCAGAAAAAAUAAAUAUCGCGACGCGUCGUGUGUCAUAAAGCCUUCUUAGGUGUCCCGACUCCUUUCGGCCGUAUCGUCCGGCUCUAACUCGGUGCCCUGUGACCUCUAAUACAGUGAGUUUCCGUGAGCUUCUCUUGGUUUCUGAGUUCAGGGAAACGUGUUGAAGGUGUGAUCUGAGCUAAAUUGAUCAAUACAGAUUAACUUAAACCCGAAAUCUAUACAGAUCAAUACCCAGUGUUCCCUUUAUCUCUGUACUAGCGUGUUAGCUGUAGCUGCUGCUAUCUAGAACGUUGCCUAAACUGUCUAAUCUAGAUAAACUGACGCUCAUAACUUAUUAAUAAAACUCCUGUUUGUGACGUUA